UGCCGCUCCGCAGGUUGCUCGAGGGGAGGCCGGCUCAAGCGCCGCCUCUCCCCGGCUCGUCUUUGUGCCGCCGCCGCCCGACCCCUCCAGCGCCGAAACCUUUCGAGGGGGCUUCCCUGGGACGGGGACGACGCCAUCCCCGCAGCAGCUGCGGCCCCCGCGAGGCCUCGGCCUCCCACCCCCCUCGCCCCACCCACACAAAGGGCUUCUUCGCUGCGCCUAAACGGCGAGCACUGGGGCUGCGCUUAGACAAGAAGCCAUUGCAAAAUAAAGGUUUAUUAUUAUUAUUUAUUUAUUUUAAAAGGAGGAAGCGGAAAUAGGUGAUAGGAGCGGCUGCCGCCGGGUGUGUUUUUUAUUGGGAGGGGGGUCUUUCUCCUUUGGCUCCUCGAAGGGCGGAGAGGCAAUUGCUUUUAGCAAUGCCGAAAGCAGCCGGUCUCUUCCUCGGGGCCGGAACCCCAUUGAAUCCAGGAGGCGUGGUUUCCCGCUGCCUUUUUAACACGGCUGCGACUUAUUCCCCACGUGAAAUCGCAGUGACCCUUCCCCCCUUUUCUCUUUUUAAAUCGUUGCGUGCAUUCUUCCUCUGUAUGUUGGAGCUUAGCAUUGCAUUGCAGCCCUCCUAUUUCGCUGAUAGGGGAAGGGGGAAUAUUAAAUUGUGGGUGGAAAUAGCAGUCGACACAAGAGCACUCUUCAAUACAUAACAGGGGAAACUCCUCUUUCUCUCUCCACCCGCCGCUUUGUUUGGAGAUUCAUGCCUACUUCCCCACCAGCAUGUUCCAACCCAGACCCUUUUCGAUCUUCCCACCCACCGAUUUCCUAAAGAAAACCCUCGGGCGAAAGUUGCGCUAGUUCUGGGAGACUUCCUUAACUUAUCUCCUGGCUUUUAAAGAGAGGGAAAGAGAAAUCCUUUGGCCACAAUCCGCCGCAGCGACUACUAUUUGGGCUGGAAUAUUUUACAACACACCCCACAAGCGUGAGCCUCCUCCUCCUCCUCCUCCCUCCCGGCUUGGCUCUGCCCAGCUGCACCCGGCUGAGUUGAGCAAGCCUGUUUGCAGCCUCGCCGUUUCCCUGCGCGCUUUCCCCGCCUCCCCUUUGCCCGGGCUCCUCUUCGACCCAACGGGAUCCGGAGGGAAGCGGAGGAGGAGCCAAGGCUGCGCGAGGGGGUUUUGCAACUCCCUCCCCUCGCCAUAUGGGAGCGGGCUGGAAACUGUUGUUAGGUAUGUGGUUCCUAGGUCAGCGGCACGCUGGAUCCAGCUAGGAGGAAGGAGCUGGGGGGCAGUUUCGGGCGACCAUGGAGAACGUGGAGUUCCGAGGCGGCCAGGAGAGGUUCCCGGACAAAGAUCCGAGGCUGAACCCCGCGUUUUUGGACACCCAAGGGCACCCUCACCAGCCUCUGCUGCUGAUAGGGGAGCAGAGGGGAGGCGACGCGUACAAGCUGGUGGAAGUGCAACUGAGCGGCGGGGCUCCCUGGGGAUUCACGUUGAAAGGAGGAAGAGAACAUGGAGAGCCUCUCAUCAUCACCAAGAUCGAAGAAGGCAGCAAAGCUGCAGCUGCCGAUAAGCUACUGGCUGGGGAUGAAAUUGUCAGCAUCAAUGACGUGGACCUCUCUGGGUUCAGGCAAGAAGCCAUCUGCCUGGUGAAAGGUUCGCACAAGUCGCUAAAGCUCGUAGUGAAAAGGAAGAUGAAUUUGGUGGUGGAUAUUGUAACACAGAAAAUGCCGUCUGAAAGUGAUGUUCAUGUGGCCAGGAGCUAUCUUACGAAGAUCUUGAGAAGCUCCAUGAGAAAGAAUGAUCUAGCCUGCAGGCCCCACUCCUGGCAUGCGACCAAAUUCACGGAGAGUCACCCUGAGACAGCCACGUCACGGCUCUCCUCAACCGAUCCCUGUGCUUCCUGGCACUCUCGGUAUCAUGCAAGCUCCUCUUCCCAUGAUCUGUCAAGCUCAUGGGACCAGCCAAAUCUCCAUCGCACCUCAGACCAGUUCAGUUCUGCUGGAAGCAUGGACAGCUGGGAUCACACACCCCAGGUGUAUCAAUAUGGACAGAUGUCUUCUGCAAAGUCCAACAGUAGUAUUGACCACUUGGGGAAUCCCAGCAAAAGGGAUUCCGCCUAUGGCUCUUUCUCUACUAGCUCUAGCACACCUGACCACACAUUGACCAGUGCAGAUGCUGCCUCAGUUGAGAAUGCCGGGUACAAGGUGGGUCACUGGGAAACCCCAAAAUCAGGAAAUAGCAAGGCUGCCUCAUUUCUAAGUGAUAAUGGAGGAUUAGAUGAGAAAAAUACCUGCUUUGCACCUCAAGCGCCACAGUAUGAAAACAACAGGAGCCCCCGGCUGGAAGAUUAUUCUGAUUCAAAGUAUUCUGGGGCCGGAAGAUCAAAUUUUGGGCCUGUGUGGUAUGUCCCAGAGAAGAAAAAGUCGCCCUCCCCUCCACCACCACCACCACCUCUUCGUAGUGAUAGCUUUGCUGCCACCAAAAGUCACGAGAGAGCCCAUGCUGCUCCUUAUUCAGAGGGUAUUCAGAGCACCCAGCACUUUGACGUCCAGCACCGGCUGCAAGCCAAGAGUGACUGGAGUGCUGAAACUGUAGAGCAACAAAAGAGAGAUGCCAGAGCAGUCGACAGGGCCUCUGAAGGUAGGCAGAGCAGCAAACCAGUCUACAGAUCCGAUCUCAGUCUGGAUUGUGGUUUGUCUUCUGCCGGGGACAGGGUCAACAACAACAUCAUAGGAAAUUUCAGCAGGCUGCAAUCAUCUCUGUCCAGCACGGACGUUCGAUUUGCACAGUCCACUUAUGGCCACCAUCACCAGCGCCAGUACAGUGAUGAAAGCACUUUCUUUCGCAACGCAAAAGUCUCUGCAUCACCUAAAGAGCAGCGGCACCUCUCCACUUAUGCUGGCAUUCAAGAAAGGCCCACUGACAAACGUAGCUGUCAUCCAAACCACGCUAGGAUACUUGAUAGUACUGCUGCUGCUGCUGCCACUUCUUCUGACGUGAGUGCUGAGGAGAAAAUGGACAACACAGGGCUAAGCCGCUAUUACUGUGUGACAGUGAAACAGCCUGUUCAGGGAAACUCGAGACCACUACUCAAAGAUGAAUGUCGGAAAACUGGCAUAGGGAACCAUACUUCCUCUGGACCGCAGGAGAGUCCUGCUAUGACUACAAUGAUCCAAAGUCCCAAAUACUGUCUACCUCAGCAGCCUGUUGAGCCUUCUCUAGAUGUAUGUGAAAAGAGCAGUCAUUACAUAGUUAAUAAAGGAGAGGAUGUUAGAACAAUUGUAAUGGAAGAAUCUAGAAAGGUAAGUUUCCCUGAAAAGCCAGUGCAAGCCAAGAACUUUGAGGAGAACCACGAUAGUUACUGUGAGCGGGAAUAUGGGCGGGAAUGUGCCUUAGUGCCCACCAGUAAAGCUCCUCCAAAAGAUUUCAAGUGGAGUCAAGAAGAGAGCUACAAAAUUUCUCCUCAGAAGACCCCAAUGUUGCACUCUUUAGCUCAGGAAGGGAAAAGCCAGGCUGAUCCUGCUGCCGAAGCGGAGAUUACUAAGCAGCCUGCAUUUGAUGCUAACCUGGGCAAAAACACACGAAGGAGUGAUCGUUUUGCUACCACACUGAGAAACGAGAUCCAGAUGAAAAGAGCAAAGUUACAGAAAAGCAAAAGCACAGCUGUUUUAGCGGGGUCAAGUGAGACCGAAGAGUAUGCUGAGAACUGGAAACCCGAUUCAGCAGAAAAGAUAAACUCCUCAUCAGAAAGUUCUUUUACUAAUGUAUACAAAGACAAUCUGAAAGAGGCCCAGGCCAGGGUCUUGAAGGCCACCUCUUUCCAGCGAAGGGACCUGGAGCCCAGUUCUGCGGAUUAUCUUCCAGACCGGAAGACAAAUAAUUAUAACUCUUCUCCACUGGCUCUUGUCUCUGAAGACGAGGCAGGCUUCCUUGGGGCUAGGCAGUCUUCUAAACAGACUUCACCUGGUAGUAACAUUCACCACGUUUCUCGCAUUGGAGCUAGGAAGAGGUUCACAACGGAACAAAAAUUGAAAUCUUAUUCUGAGCCCGAGAAGAUAAAUGAAGUGGGGGUGUCGGAUGAUGACUACCGGCCACGCCGUCGUCCAACUACUUCUGAGGAAGCUUUGGGUUCUUUUGCAGAUAGGUGGAAGUUCUUUGAAGAAACGAGCAAGCCUGCCUACCAAAAAUCUUCACAAAGACAUGCACCUUAUGGUCGGCCAGAAGUACAGACUCCUAAUGAUCCUCAUACCAAUUCUUACGAAGGUGAGAUUGAAGGGUCAUGGUAUGAAAGGAGGAUGAGGUCGGCUUCUUUUGGAGUUGAGAAUAUGGUUGGUGCAUGCAGUAGACCCAAAGAAAGUGUCCAUUACAGUGGCCGCAAAGCAAAAUCUGCACAAUCUCCUAGGUUGGAAACUUUCGCAGAAUACCAGGCAUCAUGGAAGGAGCAGAGGAAACCUAUAGAAACUCGGAACUCGGGAAGAUACCAUUCAGCUGACAACAUCCUUGAUGCUGGCCAUGAGCAGCUUGAGAAAUCUCCAUAUACGCAUGAACGGUCCAGGUCAUCCCCUUCCACAGAUUUCUACAAACAGGAAGCAUCAGCUGAAGCAAGGAGACAUGCAGAAAAUAAAAGGGAAGACGAACAUCUUACAUGCUCUCCAGCAAGAUCUGGUGAAAGGAGCUGCGAUUUAAGCUUCUUUUCUGCUCUCACAGUAUCUCUCCAGCCUUCUCUAAUCAGAGAGCAAACCUGCCUUCUUGCUGGUUCUCAGAGACCAGCUGACACAGGGUACUCAGAAUUCCGUCCCGAAGAGCCUGCCACUCAGCAGGAUUACAGCUUAGGAAACAAAUGGAAAGUGUCUGCUAGGCCCUCACAUGCAGUACAGGCUACACUUGCGUCUCAGGGGAGCCGAGGUAGAUCUGGGACACUGCCCAGUGAUUACAGAUACUCACAGGAAAAUGUGAGGGAGAAAAACAAAGAUUACAGUGCACUGCCUCUUGCUAUUUCUGAGCUGCAAAUAUCCAACGGGGACUGCUUCUGCCCACCACAAGUCAGAGCAGAGGGAAGCCUGCAGGAAGAUCCAGCGCUGCUGAGUAAGAAACAUGGGCCUGUGCCCCAGAGGCCUUCCCCUUCAAAACGAGAGAAUAAAUACAGGCGACAAGACAAUUCUUCAGCGUCACUUGCUGCUUCCUCAGAGUCUUCACUGACAGCGCCCAGCAAGCCAGCUUAUUCCCAUUCUGCCAUUGCUGCCGGUGCGGUUGAGGUUAACGUGUCUCCUUCUCAGACUCCUGUAAAGGUUUUUGAAAAAUUGAAAAGCACUGAGCUGCCAGAGCCUCGCCAGUCGGUGCCCGUCGAGAAUGUUUGCCAGCACUUAGAAGAAAAAGCACACCUCAAACCUGAACCUGGCCUGUCUUCAACUUAUCGCUACCAUUUGAAACCUGGAAUGGAGAACUCAAGGUCCCCUUCUCCACAAUUUGCUCCGCAGAAGUUGACGGAUAAGCCUCCUGUGGCUGUUCAGGAUGAGAAUCCCACAAGAAUCGAAAGAGUGAUGGAUAACAACACAACUGUGAAGAUGGUUCCCAUAAAGAUUGUACAUUCUGAGAGCCACGCAGAGAAGGAAAGUAGGCAGAACCUUGUGAGCACCAUUGAACUUCCUGCUUUGCCAAGCGGCUUGGAGAAGGACCAGAUUAAAACACUCAGCACUUCUGAACAGUCCUACUCCCGUUUCUGUGCUUACACGAGGCAGGGGGUGGAGCCAGAGCCUGAGAACAAAAGCCUUCUCCCUUGUUUGCAACCCGCCGAAGCGCCUGGGAACAACACAAAGGACAGUGAUACUUCUGCCCAUGCAGUCAGCUAUGUGAGGGCCAAAGAAAAGACCAUGGAAGACUGGAAGUCAGAAGAGCUGGCCAGAGAGAUUGUGGGCAAGGAUAAGUCGCUAGCGGACAUUCUGGACCCAAAUGCGAAAAUAAAAACUACAAUGGACCUGAUGGUGGGAAUAUUUCCGAAAGAUGAACAUCUCUUGGAAGAAGCCCAGCAACGCAGAAAGCUGCUUCUAAAAAACCCUUCACCAAAAACUGCAGAGGACAAGAAAGAGGAGCAGCCCCUGCCUUCAGCUAUCCCCUUGACAACCAAUUCCACUUACUACAGCACAUCUGCACCCAAGGCAGAACUGCUGAACAAAAUGAAGGACAUGCAGCAGCAACAGCAGCAGCAGCAAAGUGAGGAUUCUGAGGAUGAGCUAGACCAUGAUUUAUCUGAGAAGAAGCAAGAACUUAUAGAUAGCAUAAGUCGAAAGCUGCAAGUGUUGCGGGAAGCUCGUGAGACACUCCUGGAAGACAUUCAGGCCAACAACAUGCUUGGAGAUGAAGUGGAGGCCAUUGUCAAAGAGGUCUGCAAAUCCAAUGAGUUUGACAAGUUCCGGAUGUUUAUUGGGGACCUGGAUAAAGUAGUCAACCUCCUGCUGUCACUCUCUGGCCGUCUGGCCCGAGUAGAAAAUGCACUAAACAACUUGGAUGAAAGUGCCUCUCCUGAAGAGCGGCGGAUCCUGGUGGAGAAGAAGAAGCUGCUCACACAGCAGCACGAAGACGCAAAGGAACUGAAGGAGAACCUGGACCGAAGGGAACGCAUUGUCUUUGACAUUUUGGCCAACUACCUGAGCGACGAGAGCCUUGCCGAUUAUGAGCAUUUUGUCAAAAUGAAGUCAGCCCUCAUAAUCGAACAGCGAGAGCUGGAGGACAAAAUCAAACUUGGGGAGGAGCAGCUGAAGUGUCUGACUGAUAGCCUUCAACCUGACAGGCCCAAAUGACAUUCACCCAAGGACCUUGGAAAUCAAAACAACGUGGGUUUAGAAGUAUAGAACUCCUCCGUUCACUAGGAGGAGCUGCUCAGAAGAAACAACAACAAUAAGUCAUAAUAGCAAUAAUAUUCAGGGGGAGGGGAAUUGUUUCUGUGUGGGGUUAUUUGCAUUUCUAGAAACAUUUCAAAGCCUCUCUGGCUUUCCUUCAUCACACAGCCUUAGGAACCUCUCCAGACAUUAGAUUCUGUGCUUCAGAUUCAGUAUAUUCAGGAAUCUGCUGCAGUUGUGCAUGAGUGCAGUUCUUUCUUUUUUUUUAACGAAGAAAAAAAUGUGUGUGGUUUCUUUUCAGAUUCAUAUAGGUUGCUGUGGAGCCCUCAAAAACUUAACAAUGAGGAUUUUAGGAGACUUUUUGGGAGGGAGCAGGAUACAGCCAUAUCAAACAGACAGAACAGAUUUAAACAUGUUACCUGUCUAGUGUUGUAUUCAGGUUGGUGAGAUAUAGUGACGUUUGCACAUUUGAUCUUCAAUCCUAUGCACACUUACCUGGGAGUAGGCCCCAUUGAGCAAAGUGGGACUUACUUCUGAGUAAAUACUCGCAAGAUUCCACCGGCAAGUGCUGUUUUGAAGAAGUGUUGCAUAAGCUCUGCCUUUCCAAAAAAAUUAUGUCAAUACUGUUUGGAUGAGUAGACCUUGGAACAACCUAUAAUAAGCUACUUUCAAACACACCAGGAAACUGUGUGACUGUACAUGGUUUUUAAUGUCUCGGUGGGGUGGAACUUGCCAUUAUUAUUAUUUUCCAUUUGAAGAUAAAGUUGGAGAAUUUUAGCCAGUCUUGUUCAGUUCAUUAAUUAUCAUCUUCUCCACAGCACAAAGGCAAUAAUUUCAUUCAGCUCAGCUGUCUUAUAUGAAUGAAGUGUAACUAAGGGUCUGACUAUAAUAUGCACAGGUCUGUAAAUAAAAGGCAGAACUUCUGCUACACUAUGCUUGGUGCCAUUUGCCAGGGAUUCAGUGAAUCGAACUACAAAAUAGAAGAUCAUUCUGUAUAUCUUUCAUUUGCACAAAGCUAACUGUGUGGUUUUUUUAAUUUUAUCAUGUCCUUCGUGCCUAGGACUGCUGUUUGUCCAGCUUUUUCAUGCCUCAACAAGAAGCAUGAUAUCCAUUUUACUGAAGUACAUUGGAAACGUUCACUGUUAUUACGUGAGUGUGUUCCCAUUUUCAUAUUAACAAAUAUCCCUGCCACUAUGGGACUUCAACUUCCACAAGGAGUGAUGCAUUAACACUGCCAUCAAUGGAAAAACAUCUAUCUAUAAAAAGUCCCACUAAACUGUCCUUUACAAAACAAGAAUGGUGGUAUAACAAAUACUGAUGUACUAAUCUGCACAGUAAGUGUUCCCUCGCAUUAAUGUACAUAUCUGACGGAUAAAGGGAAAUCAUACUUGUUUAUAGGCUGUUUUUAACUUAUACUGAGAAAAUGAUUUACUCAGCACUUAAAUCUUCAACUCCCCUGACAAGGGGAACUAAUUUAAACAUUACGAAAAAAGAAUUCUCUUGACACUUGCCGCUUGAUUUGAGUGUAGGCAAAAUAUUCCCCUUCUACGGUUCUCAACAUUCAGGUAAAAUGCAGUCGUAAAUAUAAGCAAUGGUUGACUGUACAGGGUCUUGGCAUAAUCACUUCUAUGUAAUCACGUAUUUCAAAGACAAAUCCUAGAAGGGGGCUUUUCCCUGAGUUAUCAGUGCUAUUUCACACACCAUAGGCCACUAGCCUGCACCAGGGUCAUUCCUUUAACCCUCUGCUGUACUAAUGGGUCCCAAGUUUGUCUAUACCGUUUAGAAGACAUCUGACGAGUUACCAACAUCAUCAGAUGCUGCUACAUCCAACCAAUAUUAGAGAAACAGAUCCAUUUUGUCUUGGAAUCUUUUACCUGAUCCUUAAAUAAAGCCAAGCUAAGAUAAAUGAUUAUUUGUACUUCAGUCAGCUGUGAGCUUUUACAUGUCACUCUUUUUUUAAAAAAAGAGACUGUGAUUCUGAUUGUGUAUGUGAACUCCAAAUAUAAUUUCAGUAUGUGUGCGCACAGUACUUUGAGUUAAAUCAUAUUCUUAUGAAGAUAGCAAUAUGGAAAUAGAUGUAUCAUUAUAUAUUAUCCUUUUCAUAAUGUGAUAUUUAAUCACUCCCCUUGCUUCUUCCUUUGUUCUUUAUUGUUGCUGGCAGGCUCUCCGGAAGGGACCAGGAGUGAGAUUCUCCCUACUGCUGUAUAUAUUUCUAUAAAUAGCGUUUUUGUUGCUUUGUAAGAGAGAGAGAGAGAGAAAACCUGGUGCUAAUGUCUUGCCUCUGGCACCCAUAAGUGAAGGAUUCCUUUUUCCAUCUUAUGGGUCACUGCAGCUUUUAGAGCUUUUUUGUAUUGUGGGAGGAAAUAAAGUCUUUCCGAUUUCUCCUGUGUCCCCCUUUAAGUUUUCAACCCUGAGUAAAAAGCAUAUAGAGAUUUCUUUCUUGCUGCUUGAGUAUAACAUCAUGCUUGACCGAGGGAAAUAAACUGAAUAUUGUGUUUCA